AUGCUGACCUCUAACACCCUCACCAACGAGUGGAGCCUCGAUAAGGGUGCAAAAGAACAACCCCCUAUCAACAUUGACCAUCUUUUAUUCACCACACGGCAUCUGUUGGCUGUGUGCGAUCUGGCCUUUCCCACCUUUCGGACCCUAAUUCAGUUGAAUUCAAUGCGGAAAAUGAUGUGCUCCUCAACGGCCCGGCCUGGGACUUUGAUUGAGUCUAAUGCGCAUGAAAAUGUCGGGGACGCCCUGAAAUGGAAAGACGUGGCACUUUCCAUGGUGAAACAUCCUGAAGAUCCAAAUCGCCGCGAGCUCCUUAUGAGAGUCAGGCACAGACUGCUGAAGAGACGACGGAAUAAAGGAGUACCCCCCACCUUCACGUAUACCGAGCGGAACGAUAGCCUAGGUCUUUGUGUCAUUCAGGACAUACUUACGUUUGCAUUCUACGAUGACGCCUUUGACAGCCAAUAUAUCAAAUCUCUCAGGGAUCUCUGGCGUUUCACGGAUGUUCCAGAGCAUCGCCUUAGCACUCCGAUCCAUUUCAAGAAAAAAGUCUCCGGGAAGUCUGUAUCCUUAAGAGGUACUAUGCGAGACAAGGCACAGAGAGUUAUUAUAGAUCCCGUCCGACCUAUGAAGUACAAACAAGCGGAAAAGCCGGAGAAAGCCGCGAGCGGGUUAGUCGGCUUUGAAGACGACGGUACUUUUUAUAAAUACCGUAAAGGAGCGGCUAUGCAGAUAAUUAUGGGUCAGAAGGAUGGGAAAUUGUUCGCCAACUAUGUGAGUGUUGGGGACGACGUCCAAUCUGCCUUCAUGGAGACCCCGUCUAGGGACGCCCUACUCCGUCUCGCGUGCCAUGCAAGCCUCACACGCGAUGCUUCCGCCCCAAAUGGCUUAGAUAUAGCACAAAAGAGUGCCAUUGAAUUGGACCCAUAUUUAGAUAGAUUGAAGGAGGCGGUCAGUUCGAUUCGAGGCGCCCUUCUCAAAGAUUUUGGUCGGUUAGAACUUGCCAAGAAGGCCGGAGAUGAGCGCCAUCAGGAACUCCGAAGGCUUCAGACCGCCACGAGAAAGAAGAAACGCAGGGAAUUUUUCGAAGAUAUUGGAAACCGCAUCAUUGAAGGCAAUCACGAAGGCAACCCGAUCACUUUCAAUCUCGAUUUUUCCUAUGUGCAGCCUGAAAGAACGGCUCUUGCCGAACUCGAAUUCAAAAACAGAGAUACAGACUGCAUCGAUAGUGCAAUCUUAAUUGAAGAUCGCGUCCGCCGGAUUCAAAAAGAAAGCACCUCUUUAUGA